AAGAUGGAGUGAUGUCUUCCACGCCUCAAUUUCGGUAUCAUCGAUCCCAUUGCGGAGAUUUCGAGGAGCUCGAGCAAAGUCUCAAUCUCAUCGCUCUUCUUCCUUCUUAAUACUCCUUGUUUUUCACUUCUAUUCAGCUAUGAUCUACUAAAUAUCGCACCUUUUUCGUUCUCUAUCCAUCUAUUGAUCUCUAUGGCUAGCGCUUCCGGGCUCGUUUACCACCCUCCUCGAUGCUGUAGGCCGAGAAAGUUGGCUCCUUUUCGCUUCUCCAGAUCCGGAUUUUUCUCUAUUGAGUGGAAUCCGGCGAGGGCUGUGAUAAGAUGCUGUGCUGUGGAGAGUGGUGUGGAGGGAACGGUGUUGGGGGCUGCCCACUCGAAGGCCCGGCUCCCAAGGCUUGUUGGCAUGGGUUCUAAGCUAGUUGGAUGUGGGUCUGCUGUGCCAAAGCUUCUUGUUUCUAAUGAUGACCUUGCGCAAAUUGUUGAGACUUCAGAUGAAUGGAUUUCAGUUCGCACAGGCAUACGUAGUCGACGAGUUCUUUCAGGGAAUGAAACUUUGAAUGGGCUGGCCGUAGAUGCAGCUAAGGGAGCACUUGACAUGGCUCAAGUUGAGACAGAUGAUGUCGACCUUGUUAUUAUGUGCACAUCCACCCCAGAUGAUCUUUUUGGAGGAGGUGCCCGGGUUCAAAGGGAUUUAGGGUGCAAAAAUGCUUGGGCUUUUGACGUUACGGCUGCAUGUAGUGGUUUUGUUAUAGGCCUAAUUACAGCUACUCGCUUCAUCAAGGGAGGUGGCUAUCGGAAUAUUUUAGUGAUUGGCGCUGAUGCACUCUCAAGGUAUGUGGAUUGGACAGACAGAGGUACAUGCAUUCUCUUUGGUGAUGCGGCUGGUGCUGUAUUAGUUCAGGCCUGUAGUGGUGAUGAAGAUGGCAUGCUUGGGUUUGAUUUACAUAGCGAUGGCCAAGGCCAAAGACACCUACACGCAGUCGCCAAGGAUGACGAAACCAAGAUAACAUCAAAUAUGAAUGGCACACCAGUAUUUUCUCCGAAGAAAUCAUCCUACUCUUGCAUCCAAAUGAAUGGCAAGGAGGUAUUCCGCUUCGCUGUUCGCUGUGUUCCACAGUCUAUUGAAGCUGCUCUAGAAGACGCCGGCCUUACUAGUUCCAGUAUAGAUUGGUUGCUACUUCAUCAGGCGAAUCAACGAAUCAUAGAUGCUGUAGCGACUCGGUUACAGAUCCCAUCGGACAAGGUAGUAUCGAAUCUGGCCAAUUAUGGUAACACCAGUGCUGCAUCAAUCCCAUUGGCAUUGGACGAGGCUGUUCGAGGAGGGAAGGUGAAGCCCGGCAACACCAUCGCCACUGCUGGUUUCGGGGCCGGACUUUCAUGGGGUUCAGCCAUCAUUCGGUGGGGAUGAAAACUUGAGUGAAUGACUAAUAGCAAGCAAGCUACCCGGCUUGUUCGAGUUUUGAAUUUUUGUUCUUCUUCUUGUUAUUUUUUAUUUUAUUUUAAUCUGUUCCUUGGUCAUGAUUUCAUUUUUUUUUUUCUUCUUUGGCCUUCAGUCAAGACAUGUUGAGAAAACUGUGGAAAAUUUUCAGUUGUUCUUGUAAUUUCAUUUCAAACUUGUUGGAGCCUUAUGAAUAAUAAUUGAGGUAAUGUAUGAAGAAAA